AUUAUUAUUAUUCCACGCCGCAUUGGAUUAAUUCCGCCACAAAAAUAUAUUCCCUGAUUAUUAAUUUAAUUUCUUACACCUUAAAUAAUAGUUGUAAUAAUAAAUAAUUUAAAAAAAAAAUUAGUAAAAUUUAACGUCGUUCUUUAAAUAUACUCAACUGUUGAUUUCAUUUUUAAAAUCAUAAAAAAUAAAAAAAAAGAAAAGAGAAAAAAAAAUGGCCACCACAGGAGCAACAACGACAACAAUUCCUUUGGAUCCCGAGAGCAAGAAAAGCAUUACACUGGCAUUAUUUAAUAAUGUGAAAAAUACCGAACAAGUGAGACAAUGUUUAAUAUCGGGAAAAAUUCAAUGCUGCCUAUUAAAACCAUCGCUAAUAAUUGAUCCAUUUCAAAUAGUUGUAGCAGCCAAUAAAGCAGUGUGUUCAGAAAUUUUUGGUGAAUUAGUGACAAAAACUGUGUUUAUGGAAAUUUUAUACAAUUUAUCAAUGACAAAAAGUAUUUCAAAGGCGCUUAAACUUUUUGGAAGUGAAAACAAUGACACAUCUAUUUUAGCUGUUUUUAUUCAUGAGAAUAAAGAAAAUGAGAAAGAAACGAUAAUGAAAAAUUUCACAAAUAUAAUUCAAGGUGAAGAAAUUUCAAUUAAUAAAAUUGGCAUCGAAUUUUCCAAUGUUGAAGAAAUAAAAAAAAUUUAUAAAAUUACCGAAACUGAAUUACAAGUUUCGUCUAUGGUCGAUUUGAUUGCAACGAGAAUAAGUGUCAGGGAUUUUGCUAGUUUUUAAUUUUUUUUUUUUUUAUAAAUUUAUAAUUAUUUUUAUAUUAUAAUAAUGGUUUCUAUUAUAUUUAUCCUUUUAAAAUUAUAAAUAUAUAAAAAAAUACAAUUUAUAAUUGUAAAUUAUAUUUAAAAUAAAAAUACAUAAAAAAAAUGUAACGCAAACAUUUUGACUUUAAAAAUAAAUAAACUGUUAAUUAUUUGUAAAA